AUGCCAGGCGCAAGCGUGGCAGUCAUGCCAUCAACGGCCACAUCUACGCCGGCCUCCCGGAAGACGUCAAUCGCGCCAGAAAGAAAGUACAAAUGCCAGUUCUGCAACCGAGCUUUUAGCAGAAGCGAGCACAGAAGUAGACAUGAACGAUCACGUAUGUUGUCCUCUCUCUCCCAUCUCCAUCCCUCCAUCCCCCACCUUGAUUCGCAUCGUUAUCAUGACCACCAACAACACAGCCAAGCUGACCACCUCACAGACACCAAGGAGCGGCCGUUCAAGUGCCAAAAGUGUCGCAGUACCUUUGUCAGACGUGAUCUUCUCCUCAGACAUGACCGUACCGUGCACGCUAAAGAUGGCGGUGUUCCUCUUCACAGUGAUGGAAAGCGUCGCGGCGGUCCCAAGGCGGCCAGAACUGUCAGCGGCUCUUCCAAGUCGGCGCUUGCGAUUGACACGUCAGCUCUGAGUGAGCAGAUUGAAGCUAGUAGCGAUGGUAUUUUUGAUGUGGAAACUGCUGCGAUGCUUGUUGCUGAUAUUCAACAUAAAGCUCGCGCAGCUGCUCGAGCCAACAGCGAAUUCGGUGCCAGCCCAAGCAGCAUGACCUUCCCCUCGAACGGGUCGUCGAUGUUGGAACCAACCUACACCAACGCUCCUCUCGCUCUGCACCAGUGGGAUGGCUUUGUCCCGCAGGACCCCAAGGCGCACUCGAUCACUUCGAACGGAUCGAUGUCGUUUGAUGCCCAGAAUCCCAACCAGCUCCUCGGCGGCCAGCACGGCAAUGGGUUGGCGCCGAAUAUGCAGGCCACGAUCAACUCUCUGCCUCCUUCUGCCGCGGGCACCCCUGCCCCCCAGUCACCGUUUGUGCAGCAGCGCGCCGACAGCCCUGCCGAUGGCGCUCAGUCGUCCACCUUCAAGGCGCCCAUGAUCAACAGUGACGAGGAGAGAAACGUGAUUCUGGACAACAUUCGUGGCAAUGACAGCGAGCACGCUAUCCCUGAAGGCUUCCGGGUCCCCAGCCUGUCAUCCCUGAACCGCUACCUGGCCACCUACUUUGGCCUGUUCCACCACCACCUGCCUUUCUUGCACCCCGCUUCGUUCGAGCCCACCCAGGUUUCGCCUGCGCUUCUCUUGGCUGUUCUUUCCAUCGGUGCUCUUUAUGCCUUUGACCAAGAACAGGCUUACGUUCUCCACAUUGGCUCCAAGGUGCUGGUCAACCAGUUCCUCCAGAACAAGGAGAACUUCAGCUCCCGAAAGUGCCCAUUGUGGACCAUGCAGAGUUCGUUGCUCAACAUGAUCUUUGCUAGCUGGAGUGGUGACGCCAAGGGUCUCGAGUGGGCCUGCUCCAUCAAGGGUCUUCUUGCCAACAUGGUCGCCGGGAAUCGUUACGAGUUGAAGCUUCGUCAGGAGGCUCGUGGUGGUCGCCUGCCGACCCGUGCUGAGUGGGUUGAGGAUGAAGGAUGCCGCCGCACCUACUAUGCCGUCUACAUCUUCUUCGGCCUCCUCACUCUUACGUACAACCACACUCCGGCCAUCAGCUUCAACGAGUUUGAGGAUCUUGAGCUGCCAUCCACCGAGGCCCUCUGGAAUCUCAAGGUACCGGAGGAUGCCUGGCAAGACCACCUCCGAGCUUCUCCCAGCGUCACCAUCAUGAAGGCCCACGCCGAUCUGUUCCAAGGAGAGGCGCUCAAGUACAGUGCUUUUGCCACUCGUGUCAUGAUAAACGCGCUCUUCCUCGAAGUCUGGUACCACAAACGCAGCCCCGAGGCCCUGCAGGAUGUUCUCACGGAGUACAAGCUUAGGAUUGCUUUAGAGACUUGGGAGAAAUCUUUGGACCUCUGCGAGCCUGAGACUGUCGCCGUGCCCCUCAGUGCGCCUCACAAGGGCCACCCGCUCAUCUUCAACGCCAAGGCCAUGUUCCGCAAUGCUCGCGCUCGUCUCGAGGUGGACCUUAAGGGAGUCCAGGAAGCUCUGCGGUACCACGAAUCGUACGAAGUCGCCGCCGCCAUGGCCAACGCUCGGGACCGCGUCAAGCGCUCCAGCGAAAUGAUCAAGGUCAUUCAAGAGUGCUACGACUGCAUCGAGACUGCGGUGCGCCAGGGCGUUCGCUGGGUUGCCAGAACCUCGCCGACAAACUGGAGCAUCGAGCACCCUCUUUGCGGCAUGGAUCUGAUCAUCAUCCUCAGCUUGUGGCUGUAUCGUCUGGAACAUGACGAGGAGCAAGCUACUGAGGAAGAGCUGGUCAUGUACAACAAGAUCCGUGAGCUUCUCGGCAAGGAUCUUGAUGACCGCUAUGUACCGCAGCUGAGCUCGCUGGUGGCCCGUCUCUGGGGUUCCAUGCUCGACGAGGUGGUUGUUUGGGGAAUUACUCGCCUCAUGGGUGAAUCCUUCCGCCUCCACUCUCAAGCUCUCGUCGGCUAUGUCGACGAUAUUGCUGCCUCGUCGAAUGUUUCGACACCGUCUAUGACCUCUCAGGGCGCGGACGAGGACAGCGUGUACUAA